CUCGAACGAGGCACAUUUUGAACCACAUGACCGCUAAAGACUUCAACGUUUUGAAGUAUUUUGUCAUUCCCUGUUGUAAUAUUACUUCUGUUUGUAUUUUAUUUUUUCGUUUUUAAACUUUGAGAUGGCUAAGACUAGUUAUCGAAGCUUAAAAAAGCAGGAGAAAUCCAAAGUCAAGUUGAAAGAAACCAAAACUCUCCUUCCAAAAGGUCAAAAUGUUACAGACACCAAUUUCAGAGUAAAGAAAAUUGUUAUUCGUGAUCAAGUUCAUCAGCAUAAAGAUGGAGAGAUUUUGAAUAAGAAGAAUCUAAGCUGUCAAGAAUUAAUCAGUAGAUUAUCACAUUACAAUGUUGGUUUGAAAAUUGAUGCCUUAUUUGGUUUAAAAGAGUUGUUGACUCAACAUUCUAAAAGUGUUAUAGAAUCAAAUCUUGCAAACUUGAUUGAAUCUAUCACGAAACUUACUCUUGAUGAAUCAAGCUUUGUUCGGAAAGAUGCUAACAAAUUAUUAGAAACUAUUUUAUCACAGGUCUCUUCUAGUCAGAUAGAACCAUUAUUUCCUUUGUUGAGCUCUUAUUUGGUAUGUGGCUUAACCCACAUUGAAACUUCUAUAAGGGAAGACUCAUUGUUUCUGCUUGAUGCUUUGUUGAAACAUAAUCCACAACAGUGCGCAAAUGCUGCUUCCAAGCUACUUCCUGUUUGCCUUGAUCUUUUAUCGACUGGAGGUACUGGUCCACGAACGUUAUCAUUGAAUUUAGAUUCGAAGUUGACCUCAGGAAAGUGGAGAGUUAAUGUACUUACUCGUAUUGCUGCAUUAUUGCAAUCUUUUCUAAACUGUACUAAAGACUUCGAAAUUAAGCAUUCAACUAUGAAGAUUGUUCGUUAUAAUGAAAACAAUCCUCAAAAUUAUUUAUGUUUAACUGAUACAAAUUUAAAUUAUAAUUAUAAUGAAAACAGGAUACUGUUUAAGCCAUCUGUUCAGUUAUCUGAUUCAAUAGAAGAAUUUAAUAUGAAGGAUUUUGUUGAAUCAUUGAUACCUCUAUUAUUUGAAGCAUUCAUUGAAUUAGUGCCAGUUGAAAAAAAUACUACAAGAAGUAACACAACCACCAAUAUUUCUCUGGAAGUUGCAAUGCUUUUAAAAAAUAUAACUAACAUUAUCCAUAUUUUAUUGGAUUUAUGCGGUUCAUCUCCCAGAUGGCACGAGGAUAAAGAAUGGAUGAAAAUCAAGUUUGGCAAGUCGUUUCUUAAUGCCCUUAUCGACGGUAGAUAUCCUUAUACUUUAGUAGUUUCAAAAGAAGAACUAAAGAAAAAGAAAAAAUCAAAUAAUAGCGAAUUUAACGAAUUACCAUCAGACCACGCACAGAAUAUAUUACUUGCAAAGCUAUUGAUCACCUUAACUGACUCCAAAUAUUGGCAACCAGCGAUAGUGUACCUAAAAGGUUGCCUGAGAAUGUCUGAAACAUUUACUGUCGAAGAAUGUUCUCACCUGAUCUCUUGUUUCUAUGAAAUCUGCAGUAGUUGCAGUGAUGAUAGUCAAGAUUUUCUGGCCGCUUUACAAGGACUAAGUAACAGUAAAAAUAAUCAUUUGUCAUCCUUAGCUUUCAAAGCAAUGUAUAACAUAGCAGUCGAUGAUAAUUUAUCUCAUCUACACAAUGACGUAAAUGUUAUAUCAUGGUUGGAUUCUUUACCAGUAAAACUAACAAAGCCAUCGAUUUCAUCCAAAGUUUUGGACAUGAUAUAUGAUAUUGCUAGAAGAAAUUUUUCUGCUUUUUCUACAUCUUUAGAUGGCCUGAUCGAAGUUAUAUUAGAUAACUUAGCUAUUUUAAAAAUUGAUGGCUCGUCUGAUGAAAAUGGGAAUUUGAAAGUAGCCCAGUUGUUGUACUGGGUCAAGGACUGGGAUGCAGAAAUGGUCGAAGGCUUAAAAAGUGGCUUAGAUGGGAACUUCUGGGGAAGUUCAGUGUCUAAUCAGAUUAGGGAUAUACUUAUCUUGAAGAAUCUUCUCUCUGGAUGAAAGUUUUCAAAGGUUCAUUUUUGUAAAUAUUGUUUAUUUUGUAAAUUAUUGAAAACAAAUCAUAUAUACUACCAUUUCCUGUUCAUUUGCUCACAAUAACAAAUUCCACAUAUAAAAGGCAAU